GUAGUUGCGAGUAGAAUCAUUAAUCAGCUGUUAAUGAACUUCUGCAUAUGUCAAUGUGCGUGCUACCGAAGCGUGUUACCAUUGCAAAUGCGCUGUUAAAUGCGCUGAUUAAGCUACCUGUACAUUAUAUUGCAGUAUACGCAGAUAGAAGUUCCUUAAUUUGCCGUUGUUUGUUGUUGUUUCCUUACUUUGUUAUUUGUGGGUGUUGGUGUUGUAACUGCAGUAUGGGAGAAACACUCAGUGGCGGCAGCGUCCGUGACCGUUUAACCGCCACAACUUUCUUCGCCUGCUUAAUUGUGGCGCUCUCGUCGUGGUUCAUAGGCGGCUACACUAGCGCUCUGGUCAACGUUCCACAGAACCUGAUUAUUCAAUGGAUUCGCGAGAUACAGUGCGCGCGCAUAACGGAUCAUCGACCGCCGCUGAAUGAUACGCAAAGCGAUGUCGUUGUGUGGUGCUCCGUUGUCCCUGCUAAUGAGACAUUCCUCCAUCUGCGCGGCAACGAGCGUUUGGCGGCCGUAUGGAGUAUGAUCGGAUGUGCGGUCAUGUUGGGGGUGUCGCUGGGAUCGUUGGCGACGAAUUAUCUGGUGGAAGGGUUAGGACUCCGCAGGACGUUGCUGCUGUACAACGUUCUGGAGAUCUUGGGCAGCAUCGCCGCCGGAUGUAGCGUGACGACCAGAUCGUACGAAUUGUUUAUCAUUGGACGAUUCAUCUUUGGACUGGGAAACGGUUGUGUGGUUUUAUGCGGCGUAUACGUAGCGGAACUCAGCACCAAUAAGCAUCGCGGCGCGUUGAACGCUCUGGCCACGGCAUCGUUCAGUGCGGGGAUGCUGGUGGCAAAUAUCAUGGGACUACCGCCGAUACUCGGCAAUCCCGAUACCUGGCAGCAUAUGUGCUGGAUCGCUCUCCUGCCCAGCCUCCUUUUUAUCGCGGCCUACCAUUUUCUUCCGGAAAGUCCGCGCUGGCUCUGUAGGAAAACACCGGACACCGGGAAAUUGGAAAAAGAACUGCAGCGUCUGCGGGGUCGCCAGAACGUGGACGCCGAUAUCCGCGUCCUCCACCAGGAAGUUGAAUCAGCGCGCAAAUUAAGCAGUCAAAAGCUGUCGCUGUUGGAUGUGUUGCGUGAUGAGUUCUUGCGGAAAAUUUUAGGCAUCUGCUUACUGGCGAUGUUCGCGCAACGCUUCACCGGCUAUUCCGCGGUGUUCGUUUAUUCCACGGAGAUGUUCCGCCAAUGCGGAUUGACACAGGCGCUAGCCUCCUACGGAACCAUCAUUUUAACCGCUGUGUGCGCCGUGGUGGCUCUGUUUAGUUCCCCGUUGCAGGAUAUGGUUGGACGUCGACCGAUGCUAUUAGGUGGACUGGUCGGCUGCGCACUAUGUACCGCGGCGAUGGUGAUUUUCACGGUGUUGACGAAGUACGCGGUCUGCAGCGCGUGUCAGUAUGGCACCCUGUUGGCUAUGGCUCUCUUCAUGGUGAGCUACGCGCUGGGUCCGGCCAGUGCACCAUUCCUCUUUACGGCAGAAAUGUUCGGGAUGAACUCCCGGCAAGCCGCUUCCGCGUUGGGCUAUCUCGUCAAUGUGGCGUUGGCGACGUUGAUAACAGCGGUGUUCCCCGUCAUGCAGGCCUAUUUGAUAGAAUGGACAUUUACGAUCUUUACCGGGAUUACAUUGAUUCUAGCCGUGUUUUUAUCGCGGUUGCUGAUAGAAACUAAAGGAAAAUCAUUUCUGGAAAUACAGAAGACCCUGGAGGAUCGGUUUGGUGCGGGAGCAAAAGCGUCGCAAGAACCUGCACUUUCUCAGUGCAGUGACCUUCGAAAAUGCUAACCAUUAUCUAAGAGGCUGCCUGUCCUUAUUAGCCUAAUUGUACAACGUUACAAGCGAUUAAUGUGUUGCGCACGUGACGUGCACAGAUGUUGCAUUUGUACAUAAUCGGCGCGCUGCAUUUUAUCGUUUUGGUACUGUACUUCUACAGUUCUACCACUGUUACCAUUUGGGUUGCUUAAUAUUCGGCUUGUCAUGCGCUUUAAA